AUGGCGGCACAAAAGUCAGAGAUCGACUGCCUCGGCUGUCGUCUUACUGGGUCUGUCACACUGCUCGGCGUCGGAGGCUACUUUCUCAACGAGCGGAUGAAGGUGCCGCGACACGAUCUGAGACAACGGCGAUGGUUACUCGCUUGUGCCGGCGCAUUUGCCGCAGCGGGAGUUUGGCGAGCAACGAGCCAUUUGUUCGAGACCCCUCAAGGCUUGGGUGAUGGUGAUGAUGACUCCUCUUCGGAAAGCCAUGGUCCAUAUACGCCUUGA